ACAACCAUAAUAUAUAGAAGAAGCACAGAGUGAUGGAGAAAAGAUGUUAUUGCACUCUUGCUGCGUAUACAUUCCUACUAAUGAUCAGCCAAAUGCACGGUCUAGCCUUAAGCUCCAAAAAUAUCCACAACCUCAUCACAGAUCAAUCUUCUCUUCUUGUCCUAAAAUCUCGCAUCACAUUGGACCCUUAUCGUAUUAUUACAAGCAAUUGGACCGACUCAAGCUAUGUCUGCAGCUGGAUCGGCAUCACGUGCGGCAGCUUGCGCCAUAAUCGAGUAACCGCGGUGAAUAUUUCCCACAUGGGUCUCGCAGGCACCAUUCCACCGCAACUAGGAAACCUUUCCUUCCUUGUUUCGCUCGAUUUUAGUUUCAAUCUUUUCGGUGGUGUUCUUCCUCAACAGUUGUCUCUUCUACACAGAUUGAAGUUUAUUUCUUUCAGAGUAAAUAGCUUGAGUGGAGAGAUUCCACCGUGGUUGGGUCUUUUAACUAGACUCGAGCAUCUAUCUCUACGGAAUAACAGCUUUACCGGUUCCAUUCCAACUUCUCUCUCUAAUCUGACAAAUCUACGAGUCGUUGGUUUUGCGUACAAUCGUCUCUCGGGUCAUAUACCAUCAUCCAUAUUCAACAUAUCAACUCUGGAGUCUAUAUCUUUCGCAAAUAAUGAGUUGAGUGGUAUCCUUCCAAAUGACUUGUGCAAUCAUCUUCCACUUGUUCAAGUAAUUUACCUAUCUUCUAAUAAGCUGAGUGGCGAAAUCCCGUCAAGUCUACCCGAAUGUUCACAACUUCGAGAAAUAUCACUGUCCUACAACUCAUUUAGUGGGCAAAUACCAAAAGCAAUUGGCAAGUUAAAAUUUCUUCGCAUUUUAUUUCUCGGGGGUAACAACUUAAAUGGUGUUAUCCCGUCCGAGAUUGGGAAUCUUGAGAACCUAGUUCAGUUUGCGAUUGAAGGAAACCAGAUUAGUGGCACAAUUCCCGCUAGUAUGUUCACUAUUUCUUCUCUCGAACGUGUACUACUAUAUGACAAUCAACUGUCCGGAAACCUCCCAAAAGAUGUCGGGAAUCUCACAACGCUCAAAGUCUUGGAAGUCACAAAUAACAAGUUCACAGGUAGUAUACCGCGAGAAAUCGGCAAACUUUACCAAAUCAAAAAAUUACUUUUAAACAAUAACAACUUCACUGGUUUUAUUCCAUUAGAGCUCUUUAACAUGUCAAAUCUCCGAGUUCUUAGUCUUACAGCUAAUAGUUUGUCGGGUAGUCUUCCAACUAAUUUUGAUCACUGGUUACCCGCUAUUGAAGAACUUUACCUCGGAAUAAAUGACAUCACUGGAGCAAUACCCGAUUCUAUCACUAACUGUUCCAAACUCAGAAUUCUCGAACUAAGUGAUAACAACUUCACUGGUUUUGUACCUCAUUUGCUCGGUAACCUAAGAAGCCUUGAAUAUUUAUCCCUGUUCGGCAACCAUCUAAGGACAAAAUCAACUUCUUCGGAAUUGAGCUUCAUAACUUCAUUGACUAAUUGCGUAUCUCUGAAUGUGCUCGCAAUUGGUGAUAAUCCUUUAGGUGGCUUCUUUCCAGCUUCCAUUGGGAAUUUAUCUACCUCGUUGCAAGGCUUAAGUGCCUACAAUUGUCAAAUAAAGGGUAUUAUCCCUCCGGAAAUCGGCAAUUUAAGCAACCUAGUGAGACUUUCUUUAAUGGACAACGAGUUGUCUGGUAACAUUCCACCUACUGUCAACCACCUGCAGAAGCUUCAAGGAUUAUAUUUAUUUAACAACAAUAUGAGAGGCUCCAUUCCAAAUGGUCUUUGUGAGUUACACAACUUGGUUUACUUAUUUUUAGGUCGAAAUAAAUUUUCCGGUCAAAUACCCGAAUGUUUAGAAAAUAUCACAUCUUUAAGAUAUCUCUAUCUAUAUUCCAACAUGUUGAAUUCAAGCAUACCAUCAACCCUGUGGCGCCUCACAGAUUUACUGCACCUAGACUUGUCCUCGAAUUUUAUUAGUGGAAUUAUACCUCUAGAAAUAGGUAAUUUAGUGUCGGUAACACGGAUCAAUCUAUCAAUGAACCAGUUGUCGGAGUCUAUUCCAAGCACAGUCGGAAAUUUAAUAUCAUUGGCUAAGUUGUAUUUGGCACAUAAUCGGCUGGAAGGUACUAUUCCUGAGUCGAUGGGGAGCAUGAUAAGUUUAGAAGUUGCAGACUUGUCGAACAAUAACCUCUCUGGUUCGAUCCCAAAGUCCUUGGAGACACUUAAAUAUCUCAUUUACUUUAAUGUCUCUUUCAAUCGUUUGAGAGGUGAAAUUCCCAAUGGUGGUCCUUUCACAAACUUCACUAUGGAAUCUUUUAAGGGCAAUGACGCAUUGUGUGGAAUUCCAAGGUUCAAUGUCUCUCUUUGUCGUAAUAUUUCCAAUCACAGGCCAAAGAUGAAAAGGGCGCAUUUUGCUUUAUUUAUUCUUUCUGGGAUUGUUGCAUUCAUCUCGCUCGCCUUUUUGGCCUACAUCAUCUUGAUUAGAUACAGAAGGAAAGAUGAAGCAAGCAAUGGACUUGACGGGCUUUUGUCUACUGCACCAGAAAGAAUUUCCUAUUAUGAAAUCCUACAAGCAACCGAACACUUCAGCGAGACGAAUUUACUAGGCUGUGGGGGGUUUGGUUCUGUUUAUAAAGGUAUUCUAAAAGAUGGGAAAAUUUUGGCUGUGAAGGUGUUCAAUUCACUUUCGCAAACUGCUUCUAAGAGCUUUGAUGUCGAAUGUGAGAUACUACGCAACGUCCGUCACAGAAAUCUCAUCAAAGUCAUUAGCAGUUGCUCAAACGAGGAUUUCAAUGCACUAGUACUUGAAUACAUGCCGAAUGGAAACCUCGACCAAUGGUUAUAUUCUCAUAACUAUUGCUUGGAUAUCAUGCAAAGAUUGAAUAUAAUGAUUGAUGUUGCAUGUGCAUUAGAAUAUCUUCACCAUGGCUAUGCGACACCAAUUGUUCAUUGUGAUCUGAAGCCAAGCAACGUGUUGUUAAAUGAAGAAAUGGUCGCCCGUGUCACUGAUUUCGGGAUAGCAAAAUUGUUUGGCGAAGGUGAGAGCACUGUGCACACCAACACCCUAGCAACAGUGGGUUACAUUGCACCAGAGUAUGGUUUGGAAGGGCUAGUUUCGACAUGGUGCGAUGUUUAUAGCUACGGAGUGAUGGUGAUGGAAACCUUUACGAGAAAAAGGCCGAGCGAUGAAAUGUUUGGUGGAGAUCUAACCUUAAAAAGUUGGGUUCAAAGCUCACUUAAUAAUGAGUCAUCAAGUGAGGUUAUAGAUGCUAAUUUAUUAAACCUCGAAAACGGACAUGGCUUUGAGAAAAAGGUGCAAUGUGUGUCGUCGAUACUGGAGUUGGCUUUGAAUUGUUGUGCGGAAUCUUCAGGUGAUAGGAUAACUAUGAAUGAAGCUCUGGCAAAGCUACAGAAAAUCAAAGAUCGAUUCGUUAACUGUUAAUUAGUCGCUGAGUUUGAUUUUAUUGUUAUUUAUGACAUUCCUUAUCUCUAUCUUUUGUAG